AUGGAGUACCGAUAUUUGGGUCAUAGUGGACUCAAAGUUUCGGUUCUUUCUCUUGGUGGCUGGGUUAACUUUGGCCGAGUUUCGCCAGAAGUUUACGAUGGUGGAAAAUCUGAAAUUGAUAUGGGUAACGCAAUCAGGAAAUUGGGUUGGAAACGAUCUGAUUUUGUGAUAUCCACCAAAAUCUUUUGGGGUGGAAAAGGACCAAAUGAUCGGGGAUUGUCCAGAAAACAUAUUAUUGAAGGGUUAAACGCGUCUCUGAAAAGAUUGGAGUUGGAUUAUGUAGACAUUGUAUAUGCUCAUAGGCCUGACCCUGAUACUCCAAUGAUAGAAAUAGUUCGCGCCUUCAACCAUGUAAUUAAUCAAGGAAAAGCUUUCUAUUGGGGAACUUCUGAAUGGCCAGCCAAUCAAAUAGUAGAAGCUUACGGUGUUGCUAACAAACUUUUACUCAUUCCCCCGUUGGCUGAACAAGCACAAUACAACUUGUUUCAUCGAGAACGUGUCGAACUAGAAUAUACUUCUUUAUUUGGAGAAUUCAAAAUGGGUGCAGCAGUCUGGUCACCUCUUGCUGGCGGUAUCUUAACUGGUAAACAUAACGAAAGAAUAGCUGAAGAUUCUCGAUUAGCAUUAGAAGGAAAUGCUGUUAUGCGGCGAUUAAGGGAUGGAUUGUUAAGUGAAGAAGGCAGAAUUAAGAUUGAAAAGAUAAAAUCAUUAAAGGCAGAAGAAAAUAUUCAAGCUGUAAAAUUGGUGGGCACGUUGACGCCAGAUAUUUUAGAAGAAAUUGAAGAAAUACUAAAAAAUAAACCAUCGCCUCAGUUCAAUUACAGAGAUUGUUAA